AUGCCGUCUCUCGUAGUCAGCAAAAACAACUCCAAAGCAAAGCCUGAAGGAGAGAGAGCGAGAGAGAUCCACAUAGGGAGAGAGAGCAAGAGAGAUUUAGAUUCAUUAGAAUAUGGGUGGUUGGGCUAUUGCGGUGCAUGGUGGUGCUGGUGUGGACCCAAAUCUCCCACCCCACCGUCAAGAAGAGGCCAAAAAACUCCUUACUCGUUGCCUCAAUCUUGGCAUCUCCGCUCUUCGCUCUAACGACUCAGCCAUCGAUGUCGUCGAGCUCGUUGUUAAAGAACUGGAAACUGAUCCUCUGUUUAAUUCUGGCCGUGGAUCUGCACUAGCGGCGAAUGGAACGGUGGAGAUGGAAGCCAGUAUCAUGGAUGGAAAUGGAAGACGAUGCGGCGCCGUUUCGGGUUUGACCACGGUUAAGAACCCGGUCUCUCUUGCCCGACUCGUUAUGGACAAAUCUCCCCACUCCUACUUAGCCUUCUCCGGUGCCGAAGAUUUCGCCCGACAACAGGGUCUGGAGCUUGUGGAGAAUGAGUACUUCAUCACUGAAGAAAACGUGGGAAUGCUCAAAUUGGCAAAGGAAGCUAACACCAUUGUGUUUGAUUACAGAAUCCCAGCCGUUGGAUCUGAAACAUGCGGUGCAGUAGCGGAGAGUCCAUUGCAGAUGAACGGGCUCCCAAUAAGCGUGUAUGCUCCAGAGACAGUAGGGUGCGUGGUAGUUGACAAUCAGGGCCGUUGCGCUGCUGCCACGUCAACAGGAGGAUUGAUGAACAAAAUGAACGGUCGGAUUGGUGACUCACCACUGAUUGGAGCUGGGACCUACGCUUGUAAUUUAUGUGGGGUCUCAUGCACCGGUGAGGGUGAGGCUAUCAUACGUGGGACCCUGGCUCGUGAGGUGGCGGCUGUGAUGGAAUACAAGGGUUUGGGCCUUCAAGAGGCUGUGGACUUUGUGAUCAAAGAGAGACUUGAUGAAGGGUUUGCUGGGCUUAUUGCUGUGUCUAAUAAGGGUGACGUGGCAUGUGGGUUUAACACUACUGGCAUGUUUAGGGGUUGUGCUACCGAGGAUGGGUAUAUGGAGGUUAAUAUUUGGGAAUAGGGAGGAGGAAAGACUAAAAGAGGCUUUGCUUUGGUGGAGAUAUAAAUGUUGUUGAUGCAGCUGAUUGUGCCUUUUAAUUUUCCUUAGUGUUUUCACCUUAAUUAGUGUACUUUUCUUCUUCUUUUUUAAUGAGGCAGUCUAAUUAUGAGUUCCUAGAAAUAAAAUGUUAUGUUUUUGGGAGUCCA